AUGCGCGUCUUUAUUGUUACGUGCCUGCUGGGCCUGUCGUUGGCGGCGCCACAAGGAUACAAUUACCAGGCGGCCGGAAAUCUGCAGCUGCCCGGCAUACCCGGCUUAGCCGGGCUGCAACAGCAGCAGGCGGCCAGCCUGGAUGAGCAGCGACUAGUGCAGCAGGCGCUGCAGGCGCCCAAGGUGCAGCAGAUCUUCCAGCAGCAGCAGCCCCAGCAGCAGCAGAUCUUCCAGCAGCAGCAACCCCAGCAGAUCUUCCAGCCGCAGGCCUCCAGCUUUGGCUACAAUCAGCUGCAGCAGCAGCAGCAGCCGCAGUCCUACAGUCCCGUCGUCUCCAAGGACAUCUAUGUGCACGUGCCGCCCGCCGAGGAGCCGGAGGAUCGCUAUCCGCAGCCCGUGCUGCCGGCGGGGCCACCACGCAAGCAUUAUCGCAUUGUGUUCAUCAAGGCGCCGACGCCCAGCAUCAGCAAGGCGGCAGUCCGGGUGCAGCAGGCGCCCGUCGAGGAGAAGACCAUCAUCUAUGUGCUGACCAAGAAGCCGGAUCCGUUGGAGCUGCAAACGGCCAUCGAGGAGGCGGCGCCCAAGCCCAUCAGCAAGCCGGAGGUGUUCUUCAUCAAAUACAAAACGCAGGAGGAAGCGGCGCAUGCGCAGCGCACCAUACAAGCUCAAUACGAUCAGCUGGGCGGCACCACGCAGGUCUCCGACGAGGGCGUGGCACCGGUCACAUCCGUUAUCGGUGCUCUGGAUAAUCAGGUGGGCACAGGUGCAGGGAUUGGCAGCACGGGCGGCCUCACCGGCGCCAUACCCACCAAAUAUUUGCCCGCCCAUCUGCGUGCGUACUGAGAAUUGACUGAGAACUCAAGAAUUGUUGUUAU